CCUUCCAAUUUAUGACAUACCCAAUUCCACAACACCAAUUUAAGCUCAAGGAAAAAGAGAGACAGAAAGAAGGCUGGAAGUAAUGGGCGAAGCCCAUAUGAGAAAAGGGCUUGACCCCUUCCUCCUUACCCCUACCACCAUUUAAAACCGACGUAUAUAUAUCAUAACUCACAGAUCGCGGGAAUCGCAGAGCGUGAGGGAAGUGCUAAUAGUUCGCCGGCCUCUGAUUAGAACAAAAGCUGUUGGAUCCAUCCAUCUGAGAAUGGAUUUCAUUUUCUUCCUUUUCAGAUUCUCUGAAGACUGAGGAAUUCAAAUUAACGGAGCUUUUCAAUUUGUCUUUUUCUACCAGCUACAGGUCAUCUCAUUUGCUCGGUUUCUUCAACUAUUCUUUUCUAUUCUUUCUGCGGCGGCGGACGCAAACAAUGUUGCAAUGGAUGGGAGGAUCAAGACGGAAAGUCACAACUAGGACUUCUGUAUGCUUCAGUUUCCUGCUUAUGAGUAUGAGAAUGACAUUUUGAACUGCAUUUGCUAUACCAAAUAAUAGAGAACUUCUGCUCUGACAUUACUUGUGUGCAUGCUGUCUGUGGAGAAUUUCAGUCAAGGAAGUCUACUCAGAAAAGGUACAGAACCUUGUUCUAAUUUUUCUUUGCUUUAUUAUUUAUCAACGAUUUUCCUGUCACGCAUGGCAACAUAAAAUCCACUAAACAGUCAGCUAAUUUUGCGGAAAAUAUUGUCCAAUUGAUACUUUUUACGCAUUUCCUUGUAAUUGUCAAGGCAAAAGCGAUACUUUGAACAAAGGAAACGAGAACAGCAGCUACAGAUGGCAGGUUCUGAGGGCUAUGAUGAUGAAACUAGUAUACAGGGGAAACAUCAAAAGGAAUAUCGAUCUCUAGAUAUCCUCAGCCUGCUAAACCUCUCAACGGUUCCUGAAGAAGGCAGGUCUUGUCCCAGCAGACAGGAUAGUAAGACUGGUGCUCUAACAAUGAAGUAUCAUAUCCCAAAGGAUCGACCAACAAUCAUUACAAAUUCAGUCCCUCCAUACUCUGUUCAAAUCAAGGAAGCAGGUGCACCACCAUCAAGCUGCCAAUCGGAAUUACAAUACCCAAAGGUUUCAUUUUUCAGUCAUGACAACCAUGCCUCAAAUGGAAUAAAUAAUAGUCCUGAUCUCUUGAAUGCAGCCGGUGAGAAACAAUUUUCUGUUUUCGACAUGCUUAGUGAUGAUGCAUCAGGGGACACUUUAGAAAGAAGUCUGGUUCAUGAAGCUCAUGCUGCAUUUUCAAUUGAAGGUUUAGGCAAGAUCAGAGCAGAGACUCCACUGCAUUCUCCAAAACAACAGGGCAGAGUCCCUUCUGAUGAUUGUGCAUUUCCCUGGAACAUUGCAAGGCAACUAAACUCAUCCAAGAAUUCUAACCAUCUACUGAAUGAUAUUGAACUAGAAAUGGAUGCAAUGAUGCAGGACAUCAAUAUGCCACUUGUUGGCAAAGCUUCGGAGUUUUCACUGGGCAAAACGGAUUUACAUGGCAAUGGGAGAACAAAUCUAUCCACUGUCACAGACCACAUGCAACUUGACAGCCGUUAUAGUAACAGAGAGUGCACUUUUGGUGACACAAACAUUUUCUCCAACAUAAGGAGAAGGGAAGAUACGUCCGACGCUAGGCCUCGGUUCCUGGGUGAUGACUUUCUACAUGAACGGAAAGACGACGUUUCUUGGAAGUAUUGGCCACACAAAAUAGAUGCUGGAGAUUUUUUGGAAUAUGGCAAGGGUGAGUUGUCAGAUUAUGCUUUUGAAGGCCAUCACGUGCUGAAGAAAAGGGAUGUGAAAGCAACAAAGUUCAACAGUUUAGGGCCACCUUCUCCAAAGCACACAACAUCAGAAAUUGGUCGUGAUUUCACAACUUUAAUUGGAGUAAGCCAUACCCCAGUCCAAAGGAAUGUUGAUAUUAGAGGUUUGCCAGGCGAACCGGACUGGCCUUAUUUUGAGACUGAAGAUGCAAAGGAUAAUUUGAGAUUGCCGAGUGAAGAAUCAUGCUCAUCUAGCGCAGUGAGAGGCGAAAAAAUAGAUAGUUCACCUCCAAAUUCAACGCCUAGGCAGAGCAGGAGAAUAAGCAAUACUUGUGGCAGAACUACCAGGAAGUAUGACGUGGACAGUGUUUUUACCAAGGAAACAAAUUGCGCAGACAGGGAUAAUCUUAGGCUACGAUCUAGAAAUUGUAUGAAGACGCCAGUGCUUCCCAGGUCAAAAGCCACCAAGCCCGUAAGCUCUUGUUUCCUAGGGAUAACAGGAUCUUUUCAGACAUGGUUGCUUGAGGAAGGAUGCAAUUCAGAUGAUAUAGAUUUGGGUUUCAGUUCUUUCCAUUGCACCUCAGAGACAAAACUUCCAUCUUUAGGAUGCAAGCUGUGGACCGAAGAUCCUCUCGGUACAUUUCCUGUUGCUGAACUCAAUGUUGCUGUCAAAUCUUGCUUUGAUAGACCUGAGCAAAGUGAAUCUAUCCAAUGUUCACCUUCUGGCUGUUUUACCUCUGAGAAGUCUGCAUUCGGCCAACCAUUUAAUCAUACGAACUCUUAUGAUUCUCCAGUAUUCUCAAAGGUUAGGUCUGGAUCAGUCAAGCAAGAUUUAUCUCCAGCUUCUAGAGUACAAGUUGUUUCCCUGGAUUCAUCCCAUACUGCUGGUCCGCAUGGAGAGACAGGGUUUGCUGACAUAUCAGUACAGGGAAGUAUCUGUGGAGAUGAUAAAAGAAAAUCAAACCUCCGGCCGGCCAAGUGUGAACAAUUUGAACUUAAAAAUACCCCUGGAAAUGAUUUCUUGUUUUCGGAGGACCCGAUGGCAGUGGAUAGUUCAAAUUCCAAGAGCAUGGAUAUUGAAUGCAAGGACGCAAAAGAUGGAACCCUAAAAGCAAAGGAGAACCUAAAAACAACGCAUUCUCCUGAGCAUGGUGAGGAAACAUCAUCAUCUGUUAAGAUCCAUGACAAAUCCGAGAGCAGUACAAAGGAGACAGGGUGUAAUUGUGAUGCAGAAAUUCCUCUUCGUAGUCAAAGUGGUACUGAAGGUACCUAAGUUUUGCCCC